AGCGAGCCCCUGGAGCGCCUCGGCGACCGGCCCUAAAAAGAGAAGGAAAUCUUGUUUACCGCCGGGGAGCACAGCCGUACGAGCCUUUGUCUGAAAAGUCAGCAUCUCUGGCUCUGGCUGCAAUGUGUGCUCGGUGACAUUCGCCUUGGACAGACCGGCCGGAAAAGGGGGUGGGGGGGAGUCGCCAGGUUAAGAUCUGGUUUCAGAGGCGGAUCGAGAGGGUGACUUUUGUGUAUUCCGUGUAAUUUUUGGAAACCUCGUGGUUUGUUUUUUGUUUUUUGUUUUUUUCCCCUCCCUCGCCCGCCGACGGGCAUGUCCUGAUCUGGCUUCCGCUCCUGCUGCCCGGGGCUGCCGAUCAGAUUGGUUUCCAGUGGGUCUCCCUCCCUCCCUGACUUUGCAACACCGCGUUCCAGGCGGAUCGACCUCGGCGAGGAAGGAGGCGGGGGAGCCGCGAACACCCGGACCCAAACCUUGACAUGCUCUCGGGCGGAGAGGAGGAAGCCAGGAACUGAGCGCACCGCCCGGGGGGUUGCUUCGCCGACCGGCUCCAAGCACGGGGCUCCCGGCGCCCAGCUCUGCGCCUUGGCGGCAGCCUUGUUGCUCUGGGGGCGCCCCCACCCCCGCCCCGCCCGCUUCCCGCCUCGGAGGUCCGUGGCCGGCAGGACCAUGCUGCUGAAGGAGUACCGGAUCUGCAUGCCACUCACCGUGGACGAGAACAACCACAUCCAGUGUCGUCCUGGCCUCUGGACAGUCUCUGCUGUGGAUCUGGAGAAGAAGGGAAAACAGAGAGGACCAACAUUUAUGGAACUUUCUAGUAUGCCAGGACCACUGUGUUUAUUACCUCAUUUCAUCUUUGCAGUCAUCCUUCAAAACAUUCAUCGCUCGGUCAUGUCCGGCUCUUUUUACCCCAUGGACUGUAGCCCGCCAGGCUCCUCUGUCCAUGGAAUUCUCCAGUACAGAAUUGGACAGCUGUACAUGAUCAGCAAGCACAGCCACGAACAGAGUGACCGAGGAGAAGGGGUAGAGGUCGUCCAGAAUGAGCCCUUCGAGGACCCUCACCAUGGCAAUGGGCAGUUCACAGAGAAGCGAGUAUAUCUCAACAGCAAACUGCCCAGUUGGGCUAGAGCUGUUGUUCCCAAAAUAUUUUAUGUAACAGAGAAGGCAUGGAACUAUUAUCCCUACACAAUUACAGAAUACACAUGCUCCUUUCUGCCGAAAUUCUCCAUUCACAUAGAAACCAAGUACGAGGACAACAAGGGAAGCAACGACAGCAUUUUUGACAAUGAAGCCAAAGACCUGGAGAGAGAAGUUUGUUUUAUCGAUAUUGCCUGUGAUGAAAUUCCAGAACGUUACUACAAAGAAUCUGAGGAUCCUAAACACUUCAAGUCAGAGAAGACAGGACGGGGACAGUUAAGGGAAGGCUGGAGAGAUAGUCAUCAGCCCAUCAUGUGUUCUUACAAGCUGGUGACCGUUAAGUUCGAGGUCUGGGGGCUUCAGACCAGAGUGGAACAAUUUGUACACAAGGUGGUUCGAGAUAUCCUUCUGAUUGGACAUAGACAGGCUUUUGCUUGGGUUGAUGAGUGGUAUGAUAUGACAAUGGAUGAUGUUCGGGAAUACGAGAAAAACAUGCAUGAACAAACCAACAUAAAAGUUUGCAAUCAGCAUUCCUCCACUGUGGAUGACAUAGAGAGCCAGGCCCAAACAAGUACAUGACAAUGGAUGAAGUCCGAGAGUUUGAACGAGCCACUCAGGAAGCCACCAACAAGAAAAUUGGCGUUUUCCCACCUGCCGUUUCUAUCUCCAGCAUCCCCCUGCUGCCUUCUUCAGUCCGCAGUGCCCCUUCGAGC